AUGCGUAUUCCCGUAGAUCCGAGCACCAGCCGCCGCUUCACUCCCCCCUCCACGGCCUUCCCCUGCGGCGGCGGUAAGAUGGGCGAGAACAGCGGCGCGCUGAGCGCGCAGGCUGCCGCGGGCCCCGGCGGCCGCACCCGGCCCGAGGUGCGCUCGAUGGUGGACGUGCUGGCCGACCACGCGGGAGAGCUCGUGCGCACCGACAGCCCCAACUUCCUCUGCUCGGUGCUGCCCUCGCACUGGCGCUGCAACAAGACCCUGCCGGUCGCCUUCAAGGUGGUGGCCCUGGGGGAUGUACCUGAUGGAACGGUGGUGACAGUGAUGGCGGGCAAUGAUGAGAAUUACUCCGCAGAGCUGCGUAACGCUUCCGCGGUCAUGAAGAACCAAGUGGCCAGGUUCAACGACCUUCGCUUCGUGGGUCGGAGCGGUCGAGGGAAGAGUUUCACGCUCACAAUCACCGUGUUCACCAACCCUACCCAAGUGGCCACCUACCACCGAGCCAUCAAGGUCACCGUGGAUGGACCCCGGGAACCCCGACAGGCUCGCCAGUUCCAAGGCGCCCCAGGCCACACUUUCCCCUUCAUUUCCCAGAACCUUGGGGUGGUGACAUCUGCUGCUGUGCAUACCACUGUCCCGCUGUCUCCACAAAGAGGCAGUCCCCUGGUGGUCCUGGCCUGCGCACCUGACCCCCCACUCUUGCUGUCCCCAGGCUCCUCAGACCUGAACCCCUUCUCCGACCCCCGCCAGUUUGACCGCUCCUUCCCUACGCUGCAAAGCCUCACGGAGAGCCGCUUCCCGGACCCCAGGAUGCACUACCCGGGAGCCAUGCCUGCCGCCUUCCCCUACAGCGCCACGCCGUCGGGCACCAGCCUGGGCAGCCUGAGCGUGGCGGGCAUGCCGGCCAGCAGCCGCUUCCACCACACCUACCUCCCGCCGCCCUACCCCGGGGCCCCGCAGAGCCAGAGCGGGCCCUUCCAGGCCAACCCCGCGCCCUACCACCUCUUCUACGGCGCUUCCUCCGGCUCCUACCAGUUCUCCAUGGCGGCUGCGGGCGGUGGCGAGCGCUCGCCCACCCGCAUGCUGACCUCCUGCCCCAGCGGCGCCUCGGUGUCCGCGGGCAACCUCAUGAACCCCAGCCUGGGCCAGGCUGAUGGCGUGGAGGCUGACGGCAGCCACAGCAACUCGCCCACAGCCCUGAGCACGCCGGGCCGUAUGGACGAGGCCGUGUGGCGGCCCUACUGAGCACCCUGGGGACUCGCCGGCCACCCGGACCGGCCCUCCAGCUCCAGGCUGCAGCAAGAAACAUACUUUGGCCUAGUCCCAGGGGCCAGAGCUGGCGACGGCUCCCAGAGCUCUGUCCAGCAACAAGUUUGAACAGAGGAUGUGGGGACUCCCCCCAGGACACUGCCCCAGCCCACACCCACCUCUGCCGUCUCCAGCCAUGCCUAGGAUUAUCUCCUGAGUCAGAGGCUACCCCUGCCCAUGAGGAAGGAGGCCUUUGCUGGCCAGAGAAGCUCAGGCUCAGAGAUGUCCAAACUUCCUCUCUCUCUCACCCUGCACCCUGGGGACCAGCCUUCCCUCUGCAUCGGUACCCCCUCAAGCCAACUGGAAACCCCAACCCCUGAGAUGUCUUCACUGUAGAGAGGGAGGACCCAGGACACACCCACACCAGUCCCAAACGUGACUUCCCCGUUAUUCCAGGCAAGCGGUCCCUGACCAGUUCUAGCUUACCCGAAGACACCAGGCCCCAGAGCAGACUUGUCCCUGGUGGCAGGUCCCUAAAGGGAGGAAGACCUCAACACCUCCAAACACAUUCCAGCCUGCAGGGUCAGCUCGGUUCUCAGGGGCAGAGAGGUCCCGGCAGAAAGUCUUACGGUGGGAAGCAAUAAAAUGGUCAGCGUCCCUGUUCACUAGGCUCACUAGUCCAGCCAAGCUGUGCCCCAGGCCUUGCCUCCCCAGGCCUUGCCUCCCAACCUGCAGCCCGACUCCUUAAUGUUUGUACCUAGAAGCAAACAACCUUGAAGCAAAAGAAAAAAAGCGACUUCAUCAAGCAUUUUAAAGCAAGGUCUGUGACAGGUGAAGUUCUGCGUAGGUGAAAGGCCUGCCUCUGCUAGUGAGAUAUCAGCAGGACUCCUGCCACCCUCAGACCUCACAUUCCUCCCAGAAGGGGACCAGGGGCUCCAGGAGGCCUUGUGGAGGCUCUGGUGAGGUGUGCAAUGGCAGAGCAGUGUCCAAGCAGAGGUUAGACAAGGCCCCCCUUAGAUCGGGCAGGUGGGAAGGGAGGCCUUGGCCUAGGGCUUGGGUCAUGGGGACUGUGGGAGAUUGUCAGUGGGAUAGGUUAAAAAGCUCUUACCAGAGCUGACCCACAGGUGGGUUUUCAAACUGAGUGAGCCACAUCCUCUGUGGCCUUGGAACUCUCCUCUAGAAGGCUCCUUAGAGAUGGUCUCUGUGGUAGUGCUUGGCCUUCCCCAUUGCCCACACCUGUAACCACAUACAUAUACACUCGGGCAGGUCAGGGGGGCCUGACAACCCUGUGCAGACACCUCCUGUUACAAUUUCUUUUGUCCCACCCUUGUUGGGGGGAAAAAAAGCCCAAAACAUUUUCUAUCUCUUGGAAGUAGCUGAGUUAGCCUUCCAGCUCCUGCACCCAGCGGGGCCUCUUCACCUCUUCUCAGGAAGCCAGCUCUAGCCCAUUGCUCUCCUCCCUGCCUCACUACCGGUCCGUGGUAUAGACUGGCCCAGACUACCAAGGAAGACACCUUCAGGAUCCUAGUGCUUAGCACUGUGCAAGCCACCCCGGACGACUACCCUUCCUGAUAUCCAAACGCAGGUGGAGAUGAGAAAUCACACACACACACACACACACACACACACACACACACACACACACACACCAUUACUCCUCUUUCCCAUCCUUGAUCUUGAUUAUCAGCGACAGCUGAGUCUGUUGUCGGUCCUACAGUGAAUUCAGGCAGCCUGGGCUGGUAAAAAUGGUUCCUUAUUUGCAAGGCUACUUUAAAGUGCUACUUGAAAGCACUGGCUAGAAAGAAAGCACAAGGAAGCUGAGGGGGUUGAUACA